CUUCAUUGGGGAACAAUGGCAGUGAGAGUACAAUUCGAGAACAGUAACGAAGUCGGUGUGUUCUCCAAGCUGACGAAUGCGUACUGUCUUGUGGCAAUCGGGGGAUCCGAAAAUUUCUACAGUGUCUUCGAGGCUGAACUGACAGAAACAAUUCCAGUGAUUCACGCCUCCAUCGCAGGAUGCAGAAUCAUCGGUCGACUAACUGUUGGAAACAAAAAUGGCCUCUUGGUACCAAACACAACAACGGACAUUGAACUUCAACACAUUCGAAACUCACUACCAGAUUCUGUGAAGGUUCAAAGGGUCGAAGAACGACUUUCCGCUCUUGGCAAUGUUAUUGCGUGUAAUGAUUACGUCGCUUUAGUCCAUCCUGAUCUUGAUAGAGAAACGGAGGAAAUUCUCGCGGACACAUUGAAAGUCGAGGUUUUCAGACAGACAGUGGCCAGUAAUGUUCUCGUAGGGUCGUACUCCAUUUUGUCGAACCAAGGGGGUCUCGUACAUCCAAAAACAUCGAUACAGGAUCAGGAUGAAUUGUCGUCCCUCUUACAAAUUCCAUUAGCGGCUGGAACAGUCAACAGAGGAAGUGAUGUUAUCGGAGCAGGAAUGGUGGUGAAUGACUGGGCGAGUUUUUGUGGUAUGGAUACAACUGGUACUGAGCUUUCGGUCAUCGAGAGUGUCUUCAAGCUCAAUGAGGCAACACCAGGAGCGAUCACCUCCAAUAUGAGGGCAUCCCUUAUAGAAAGUAUGUCCUAGGGAAACUGCGAUUAUCAAUCUUUAAUUAUAACUUCUGGGCGACAUGAGGGAGAACGUGAUGUCUGCCUGUACAUAACUCACGAUGAUGCUCCUGUAAAGAGGGAUUAAUGACCUAAAUUAAUUUUUUUCCUUAGAAAUGCAGAGUUAAUUGAUAUGAGUUGUCAUUCUUAUUAAUCGAUCAAUCGAAUAAUACAAUAAACAAAUGAAUAAUGAUAA